AUGGCGGAUAAUACUCUUUUGAAAAGCGCAAAUGUCGUUGUAUUCCUUUUCUUUGUUCUUGUCACGGGCUACUCUUUGUUUUCCAAGGACGUGAUUGCUGAUAUCUUUCGGGGAUAUGAGACAUACUUUGAUCCUGCUCGCUGGAUGUUCUUGGUUUGGGUGUUGAUACAUCUUUUGCUGCUAUGUUUUGUGGCAUACCAGUGGACGAACGAUGCCCAUGAAACGGUGGUAAACGGCGUUGGUUGGCAUUUUGUGGUGGCUGCACUUCUCAAUUCCCUAUGGUUUAGCCUAUUGGAAAGCCACCAUCCCAUUCUUGGAUUCAUCGUCGGCAUCUUGCUUUUGGUUUCGGUGUCGGUUAUUUUCUACAACCUGGCCGAAAACUUUGCGCCAGAAACUUGGGCCCAAAGGUUCUUAAUUCAUGCUCCCUUUUCAGUCUGGCAUGGUUUCACCAUAUUUAUGGCUGUAUGGAACGCGUUCGUGGCAUUCACCACUGUCAGAAAAGACCAAUUCGGCAUCAUCUUGCAUCCCAACAUCCUUCACGUUAUACUUGUCUAUGCAGCUCUCGCCUUCCUUACAUUGAGCGCGAUUGGUUACGUCCAAUACAAGCACGAACGAUGCGAUGUCAUCUCCGCAUGGGUGAUUGCUUUUUGCUUGUGGGCGGUCUUUGAUCAUCAACUCGAUCCCUUGCUUCAUUGGCCAGCGCUUGCGGCUGCAUUGAUAUCCACUAUUUGGCCGAUUACGCCAUUUGUCUAUCAUAUGGUGAAAUACCGUACGAUCCACCCGGAGGAGAGAGAACGCAUCCUCAACUCGACAACAACAAAUUAA